AUGACAUUCAACGAGAAAGAAUUCAGUACACCCCCACUACAUCCACCAGUUGGCACACCCCCGGACUCCGAGUCCGCAUUGCCAUGGUACUCCAUCGCACCAGGAGUAUGGGAAUUCCUAUUGAACGGCAACACGCAAGAAAAAGCCGUCUUGCAGUGGUGGGAGCCUAACGCUUCCUCGGCUCAGAUCGAACCAAUAACACACUCGUACAUCGAAGAGGUGUGCACCCUGCGCGGCGGAUUGGAGGAUCUUACACUGGGACAGUCUUGGGGCAUUGGAGCCUAUGCCUAUAGACAGCCUGGUAUGAAGCAUGGACCGUAUCGGGCUACCAGAGAAGGCUGCCUGCAGUUUGUGAAGAUCAUGCAGGCAAGACAUACGAGUCCGGAGAGGGAUUCUUAA